AGAUUAAAAUUUCCAACUUCGCAACUAAGUAAAAUUAUUCAUUAAAUCUAUAUCUGUUUCAGCAGUGAUAUGAGAAGAAUUUCUCCAAUACCCACCUUGCCGUUCCCCCCAGCUCCUCUACACACAAACUACAACUGAUUUAGCAACAAUGGAAUUGGUUUGAGAGAUUGAAACUCAUACUUUUUCAGUAUGCUUUGUAACUGAUGUUUUUUUAUAUUUUAGAUAAAGCAACUCUGGAGGAAUAUAGAACACUCCUGUUAGAUUCUACUACAGAAAUGGACAGCAUAGAAUCUUUUCACACUGCUUUAGGUAAAUAUACACCAGAGGAAUUCAGGGCAUUUCUGCUUGAUUCUGCUACAGAAACAGACAAUAUACAAUCUUUUAUUGAUUUAGAUCAAUUACUUCUUCAAAAGCAGGGAAUUGUGGCCUCAGAUAUUGCGGUACAAACAGAAAAUUUGAAAUCUUCACCCUCGUAUUCAGCGGUGAAAACCGGUCAGCAGUGCACUACGCUGGGACCUGAAAUCUGUGUACAAAUGCAGUUUCUUGAAGCUCCUGCAGUGUGCAGAGGCAUUACAGAUGUAGUCUGUUACUUUGAAAAGGAACACUGUCCCUGUAGAAUACCCAAGAUUAGAAAGGAUAAACUAAAGUGGAUCAUUGUUAAGCCGACUAUUCCAGAAGAUGCAAAUGGGAAAUUCUGUAUUACCUUACCAGAGAAAGGCAAUUAUGAAUGUGCUGAAACAGGACUGAGAUGGGAAUCGAAAUCCAAUGCUAGAAUCUUUUACGAGUAUAACUCCUGGGAUGACUAUAUUUCUGAUGUGCAAAGAGAAUGUUGGAUAAUCGGAGGACCAUUGUUCAACAUUCGUGUUAGUUAUGGUGAUAUUGCUGCUGUUCAUCUUCCUCAUUUCAUUUGUGAAUCAGGUGCAGGGGAAGCAAUACAUUCUGCGAGAUAUUGUAUUGUGUGCCUCAGAGAUGAUACCUUAGUAUUGGAAAAUCCAUCAGAAAUCCAUUUAUCUCAUGUCGUGCAAAGAAAUCAACCGUUGACCUUGAUGGGUGUCAUCCUUGGUCAGGUCCAUCAGGUGGCUAUUCAUGCUGUCAUAAUGAUAUAUCAAACAUUUCGAGCUGAUUGUUCAAUUCUUCAUGUCUAUGUGUUACCAAAUGAUGGCUCAUUAAUACAGGCAGUUGACUUGCAGGAAAAAGAAAUAAGGUCCCUGAAAAUUCAAAAGCCUCCACAAAUAACAUCAGUUUACUAUGGCAAGAAGUAUAGGCUGACAUCCUUUUCAAAUGUAGCUAUAAAACCACUGGUUUUCUAA